UGGCGCGGGGCCGACGGGGCUGGGCAGGGUUGACUGCCAGCGCUCGCCUUGCAGACCGCUUGUCCGCUGUUCAGGCAGGCGGGGCGGAGAAAAUGGCGGGGCCCCGGCCUGCCCCCGCCCCCGCGCCGCCGACCGGCCUGCAGCAGCAGUCAGCUCUGCGGCCUGAGCCGGGCGGGGUUCCGCUGCACUCAUCCUGGACCUUCUGGCUGGACCGAUCCCUCCCUGGAGCCACUGCAGCUGAGUGUGCAUCAAAUCUGAAGAAAAUCUACACCGUACAAACAGUACAGAUAUUCUGGAGUGUGUACAAUAAUAUCCCUCCUGUGACUAGCCUGCCUUUGAGAUGUAGUUAUCAUUUAAUGAGAGGAGAGAGGCGACCACUUUGGGAAGAGGAGAGUAAUGCAAAGGGUGGCGUAUGGAAGAUGAAAAUUCCCAAGGACAGCACGUCUACAGUUUGGAAAGAGUUGUUGUUAGCGACUAUCGGGGAACAGUUCACAGACUGUGCUGCAGCAGAUGACGAAGUGAUAGGAGUCAGCGUCAGCGUUCGGGAUCGAGACGACGUAGUCCAAGUCUGGAAUGUAAAUGCCUCCUCAGUGGGUGAAGCAACCGUUUUAGAAAAGAUUUAUGAACUUCUGCCCCACAUAUCUUUUAAAGCAGUAUUUUAUAAACCCCAUGAAGAGCAUCAUGCUUUUGAAGGUGGACGUGGAAAACACUAAUUGCACUCUGUAAAGAAUUCUUUGUCCUUUGCUGAUUGGUUUUGGAAACGGUCUUAACAGGAGGGAGAGUGAAGAGAAGACUUGCCGAAGUUCGAUGCUGGUCAAUUUAGCGUGGGUUUCUGUCCUUGCAGAUUGGGCAAUUAGGACUCAAAGUGGCAGGUGGGGUGGUGGGAGACUGUGGGUUUCUACCGUCAUGUUGCUUGC